AUGGUCAAGUUUCAUAGCCUUGCAGCCUAUUACGCCCUUGCAUCGGUUCUCACAAACCCACUCACAACUGCCGAUUCGACCGGCAAUUAUCUGUGGAAACGUGCCGAGGACAAUGAGGCCAAUACAUACGCUCGAGUCAUCCAGCUCCAGCACGCAGGCCACCAGAACGGCAAACUGCUAGCCACAUGGGAGCACGUGUACACCGAAAGCGCAACAAACGCAACCCCCAAUGGCACCGUCGGUAGCUUUAUCAUCCGCGAAAGUAACAGUAAUGGCCUAGACUGGACGACCCUGUCCACAGUCAAUGGCUCCCAGACAAACCCCAGCGACCCCGACACAACCUUCUGGCAACCGUUCUUCUUCGAAUUCCCCCGCCAGCUCGGCAAAUACCCAGCAGGAACACUCCUGUUGGUGGGCAACAUCUCCCCAGCAGAGCUGAACACCACCUUCUACACCUGGCGCUCCUCCGACCAUGGCCGGACCUGGGACCUCGUCGGCCCCUGGCAAACAGGGAUCCAGACCGCCAAUGGCUACCGCGGCAUCUGGGAACCCUUCCUCUACCUCGAUCCCGAGGACAACCUCGUCGCCGUCUUCUCCGACGAGCGGGACCCGGAUCACAGCCAGAUGCUCGUCCAAGUCACCUCGUCCGACGGCGGCGACAACUGGAGCAAUGUGACCUGGGCCGUGGCGAGCCCGGAUCCUAGCGAGCGGCCCGGCAUGGCGAGCGUCGCGCGGAUGGACAACGGCGAGUACAUCAUGGCGUACGAGUUCUGCCAGUUCCCGGACGGGCACGAUAUCUGCAAAGUGCACACGAAGACCUCGUCGGACGGCGUGACGUGGAACGCGGGCGACAUGGGCGUGAACGUCACGACGGAGGACGGGCUGUUUGCUGCGGCGAGCCCGAACAUCAUCUGGGACGAGCGGCAGAAGCAGCUGCUUCUUGCGAGCCAUUUCACGUGGGACGUGGCGAAUAUGCAGAGUGGGAAGGGGUAUCCGGAGGGCGCGUAUCCGCCGAUGAACAAUCGGAUUGUGUAUGUUAAUACGAAUCUGGGGGAGGGGGACUGGGCGUGGGCGCCGGCGCCGUGGAGUAUCUCGAAUAUCUCGACGAAUUCGCCCGUGCAGACUUGUGCGUACGGGUAUAGUCCGUAUCUGAAUGCGCAGGCUGAUGGGAGUAUUCGGUUGACGGCGCCGUCGAGCCAAGAUGCCUCCGGUCCGUGCUCGGAGCGGACGGGCGCGGUGUCGAGCAUUGGUGCAUUGCCCUAUACAGCGGACUUUACGGCUGAGGGCCAGGCGGGCUGGAUUGAUCUCACGGGCAACUGGUCUGUUGCGGGCAAAGAGUACGGGUUCGAGAAUGCGGAUACUCAGCCGUCGCUUGCUAUCACGGGGUCUUCAGAAUGGUCUGACUAUGAGAUUAGCAGUGCGGUUCAGGUCGUGGGCGAUGAUGGCGCUGCAGGUGUUUAUGCGCGCGUCACGGCUUCGACGACGGGGAUCAACUGGAUCAAUGGGUAUAGGGCGGAAAUCAGUGCGCGGACUGGCAAACUGAGCAUUGCCCUCCAGACUGAUACUGUUACUACUCUGGCGGAGCAGGAAUACCCCUGGGGUAUCACGCAAGGUUAUUGGUACCAUUUGUCGCUUCUGGUGAAAGGUGACAGGAUUGUUGCGAGGGUGAGUGGGUUCCUGGGCUUGGACUUUAUUGUCGAGAGCAGAGAUAGCAGUCUGUCUCACGGUAUGGGCGGUUUAUAUGGAUAUGACGGUUCUGCGACGUUCAGGGAUGUUGAGAUUAGAGAUUGA